GUUAUUUAUUAUUCCUCCAACAAGAACACAAAAAUGGUGGCUGAAAUGGGCAUGUCCAUGAGAGCAGGAAGCUCCAGUUACCUGGAGAUGCAUCCAGAACGCAAAAUCGCUCUUUUCCAAAACCCCUACAUCAUAGGAAUAACUUUCGCCGCAGGCCUAGGUGGUCUUCUAUUCGGCUACGAUACUGGUGAGUAUCAUUGUUAUACAUAAACACUAACGUUACAUGUAUGAACAAAGAACACUUUCUUACGUUAUAUGUUGGUGCAUGGUUGCAUGCAUGCAUGCAUGCAAUAAGCAGGUGUGGUGUCAGGUGCUCUUCUGUACAUAAAAGAGGAUUUUGAGGUGGUGAAGAAUAGUAGCUUUCUUCAGGUAUCAUGUUAAGUACUAUUAAAUGUUAAUGAAUAUUACAUAUUUAAUUAAGUUUGGGAGAUGAAGCAUAUAAAAAUAAUGAUUUUGUGAUGCAGGAAGUGAUUGUUGGAAUGGCGUUGAUUGGUGCAAUAUUCGGUGCUGCAAUUGGUGGUGUGAUUAACGAUCAUCUGGGACGUAAGAGUGCUACUAUCAUUGCAGACAUAUGUUUUGGCGCAGGGUCAGUAGUAAUGGCUACUGCACCAAAUCCUUACGUGAUCAUAGCGGGUCGUUUUCUGGUGGGGCUGGGUGUUGGUGCUGCCUCUGUCACUGCUCCUGUGUACAUUGCAGAAGUAUCACCGUCUGAAAUAAGAGGAGGAUUAGUCAGUGCAAACACUCUUAUGAUUACUGCUGGACAAUUUGUCUCCUAUGUCGUUAAUUUUGGACUCACCAGGGUACUUCAUUGUUUCUUAUUAUUACUUGGCUUAUUACAAAUGUUUAUGAUUAAACUGUUUGUGAAAAAUCUAAUCCAGGUUCCUGGGACAUGGCGUUGGAUGCUUGGAGUUGCAAGUUUGCCAGCUGUUCUUCAGUUUGUCCUCAUGGCCUUUCUCCCAGAAUCCCCUAGAUGGCUUUACAUGAAGGUAAAAAUCCCAGAAAUAAAAGAGUUAGAAAUCACAAACUUUUUGGUUUUCUUUUCUUACUUACCUGUUCUAACUCUUCAAUCCAUUUCAUGUCUAAACCCUUGCUUUGAUUGAUGAAAUAAUUUGAGUUUGAUUGUUACAGAACAGGAAAGAGGAAGCAGUUGGUGUGCUCUCUAAGAUUUACUCCUCACCCCGGUUGGAGGACGAGAUUGCAAUUCUGGA